UCAGAGAUUACGCACCUGCAUAAAUAGUUUGAAGUUGAGAUUUGCAUUUCCUAGUUCCAUUGGAACUUUAGAAACAGUUUAUCCACAAGCCUAUCUAGCUACUUGAGCAUGCACUGGAGCUAGCUUAUACUUUUAUUUGCUUCAGGCAUCGAAGAGACAAAGAAAGGAGGAAAAGUAAAGGCUCCUGCAGGAACAAAGUAACAGGGGUACUACUUAACAAUUUGUUCAACUGUCAAAUCUGAUAUAUCUUGCUUUGCAAUUUUAAUUUGCAUAUGGCUAUACUACUUAAGACCACUACACUCCCUGGUCUACUCCCAAGUUCCAGCUCAGAGCCAAACACACACGCCAUGGCCUCCCCUAAGCUCUUCGUCCUCAUCGGUGUCAUCAUCGGCAUGGUGAUCACUACAACUCCGGCCGCGGCAGCAGAUGGUCGCAUACAUCUCAUCAUAGUGAACAACUGCGCGGAAUCGGUGUGGCCGGGCAUUCUCGCCACCGCCGGCCACGCGACGCCGCAGUCAGGCGGCUUCCACCUCGGCACCGGCGAGGAGACCACCUUCGACGUGCCGGUGGGGUGGUCAGGCCGCGUGUGGCCUCGCCGCGGCUGCUCAUUCGACUCCCGCGGCCUCGGCAGUUGUGCCACUGGAGACUGUGGCGGCGUCCUCCGCUGCGCCGGCGCAGGCGGCGCCAUCCCGGCCACAGUGGUGGAGAUGACCCUGGGCACCCGACAGUCGCCGAUGCAUUUCUAUGACGUGAGCUUGGUUGAUGGGUUCAACGCGCCGGUGUCCAUGACGCCGGUUGGCGGAGGACGCGGAUGCGGCGUGGCAUCGUGCGGGGCAGACCUGAACGUGUGCUGCCCGUCGGCGCUGGAGGUGAGGGACCGGGAAGGGAAGGUGGCGGGGUGCCGGAGCGCGUGCCGGGCCAUGGGCGGCGACAAGUACUGCUGCACGGGGGAGUACGGGACGCCGGCGGCGUGCAAGCCCACCAUAUUCUCGCACCUGUUCAAGGCCAUCUGCCCCAAGGCAUACAGCUACGCCUUCGACGACGCCUCCAGCCUCAACCGCUGCAAGGCCAACCGAUACCUCAUCACAUUCUGCCCACCACAGCCUGAAUGAUCUAUGGAUCUCUAUCAAUAGCUUUAUAUACUUCUGAAUCCAAAACCUGGAUGGACUGCAGCUACAUUUAUUGAGCAUGUUUUUAAGCUAA